GAUUUUUGUCAGUUCAGCGCUCCAACGUUUUGGAUUUUCUCGAUUGCAGCAGACGCUCCUGUGCGGAUUUGUGCCCAGUAAAUUACCGAAACCAACCCCCGCCUAGUCGAAAAUGAGGAUUCCAAUGGGACGCAAACAGGCCGAGCAAGCAGCUCAAUGGGCGACAUCCGCUGGAGCUUAUGGAGCGGCCGCCGCCCUGCUCGGAUGCUACCUGACGGACUGGAAGGUCAUCGUUUCCUACAUCCCCUUCUACGGUGGCAAGUUUGACAAGAAGGAAUAAAUCUGCACAGAGGUCUCCCCCGAUCAGCUUGCAAUGGUGCGAGAGGUUAGCUUUAAAUCGAUUUAGCCACAAUUACCACCAAACCCGCGCGCAGAACAAAUCGCGAAGAAGAAGCGGCCAUCAUGCGGACACAACCGAUCCGCCGAAAUACUAGCAAAAUGUGUGCGAGCAUUAGUGACCGUGGUUGUUCGAUCUGUUCACCAAAUUCGCAGUUCAAUAAGAGUUCAACUUAACGAAACCAAAACAUACUUGUGCAG